AUGGUAAAGAGUGAGGCGCAUACACAAUGCAAAUGCGCUCUGCUGCGAAUCGGCCCGCCUUCAACCGCGAAAUGUCUCGUUUAAAAGAGCGUGCGCCUGUCCAUUAUACUCGUCAUUCCUCUUCUGUUUUCUAUUUCGCAACACGUUUUCGUUCGAUUUUCGAAAAUGUCGCUACUUCUUAAUUUCCCUUAGCAACACAAUUUUCCUUUCAGAAUAUGUCUACCUCUGUAAAGCAUCGCGAGUUCGUUGGAGAGCCAAUGGGCGAUAAAGAAGUUACGUGCAUUGCCGGAAUCGGACCGAACUAUGGAACUAAGCUCUCAGACGCCGGAUUCGAUAAGGUAAUCAAUUCACUUCUUAAUGAUGAAAAUCUUCAUUUUAAUGUUUCAGGCGUACGUGUUGUUCGGUCAAUACCUGUUGCUCAAAAAGGACGAGGAUCUGUUCAUCGAGUGGCUCAAGGAGACGGCAGGAGUGAGUUCCAACCACGCCAAGAGUGCUUUCAACUGUCUGAACGAGUGGGCCGAGCAGUUCAUCUAAGCGUUAGCAAAUCUUAGUGAAACGAUCGAUCACAUCUGAACUUUAAUCAAUAAUUCAAUUUUUUUCUGAAAACUGAAAUCUCCAAUCCGACACUUCGGCUACGGUUCUUGUUACCAUUAUUCUAUGUUUACACACUUCCAUUUUCAUCUACCAAAUAAAACUAUUUGUUUCAAAAUCCUUGUUUUAGCUUUACUACUGCUCGGUUACAAAAGAUCUCGCUCCGGAAGAGUGUACUUCUCAUUCUCUCUGAGCACAUAUCUCCAUGAUUUCUUCCUAGCAGAUGCCUCCAAAAAGAGCAAAGUUGGCUGCUCAGCAGACACCGACCAAGAACGCUCCCGCGAAAAAGGAGCACGAUUAUGAAGCGAGGCGUCUGUUUUUGAGUGGACUUUCCCUGUCGAAAACCUUUCUUUCAGUAAACCUCUCGAAUGAGCUGGAACCGUCCAUCCGGAGCAUCGUCCUUCUUCUAAUGUUCGCUUUUGGAGACGCUGAAGUUUGCUUGGCGAUGUUCGAAAUGCAAAAAUAACGUUUUUCUUCCAGACUCCGUUCCAGGAAAACGAAGAGUUGGUAUUGAACAUGCUGAAAAACGAGCUGAUUCUGUUCUUCGAGGAUAUUGUGGAAGUUCAUGACGCAAAGUGACUUUUUAGAAAAGGAAUUCGACAAUUUCGAUACUUUCAGACUGGACAGUAUCAAACUGAUGCACAUGCUUCCGAUGCUGAAAAACAAGAAAGAAAUCCUAGUUCGAUUUCUGAAGUAUUUAGAAAAGCGCGUCGAAAUGGCCAAACUCAUGAGGACGAAAUCAGUUCGAGAGAACAUUUGUGGACAGGAAAUAGAGUAUGGAGAUGAUGGAAAGGUAUUCGAAGACAGAAAAUAUCAAUUCAAAGCAAUUCUCUUUUUUUCAGGAAGACGGCGUCGAUCCGUUGGAUGACAUAGGAGAAGUAGGCGGCGUCGAAGGAGAAUAUCUGAAAAAGAAACGGUAACGGAAAACUUUGACGGGAAGUAAUAGAAGAUGAUUACAGGAAGAAGGUCGGCGCUGUAACAAUCGAAGAGAAGCUGCUGCAAGAGGUACGGAAGACGUUCAGAGAAGCUGGAAUGUCGGCCACGAUGCAUCAGGUAAAAGGCAAGGCAUCCAACAGCGAGUCAUUAAUUUCAACUUCCAACAGAAAUUAGAAGAUGAGACUGAAAAAGAGCGAGCCUUGGCUCUUCAAUCUGCCAUUCUAGAGAUGACCAGCGCCGAAUACAACCGAUUCGCGAAGGCACGAAGCAUCAGCUUCCAAACGCAUUCCGUCGUUCCGCUAGCUGCACUUGUCGUACAAUCGAACACAGCACCCUGGAAGAGGUAUCAAGCAACCGUGUGAGACGGUCGGAACGAUUGCUUUUCAGAAAACGACCGGUCAAUCCGACGAACAACCGGCAAACGCUGAUCACGUGGAUCGGGAAUCCUCCGAUUCUGGGCGAAGAGGCUCACGUUUUUCUCGCUUUUCUAGCCAAAGAGGUCGUUUCUGAUAUUGUUGGAGCCGCAUUAGUCGAGAGGCAAAAGGCAUGCAAGCACUUUUGUUCAUUACUUUACCUCACUCAUUUUCAGAUGAAACCCACCGAAUCUGGAGCUCUGCGGCACUGUUUUUAUGAGGAAAUCCUGCGGAAAAACAAACGGUACCGAAAGUACGGACGACUACUUGUAUAA